UGGGGGAGACUAACCUAUUACCCGGAUCAACAAUCGCGUGUGCAUGUGUUUGCCCAUUUCGGUGACAAGCGGCCACGAAAUAAUGAAAUAACCCCCUUCGGCCUUGAGGAGUACCCCGGAUCCGUUAGCCUCCCACCUACCCCCAGUGCUACCGCGAACUUAUGUACGCAGCAAUCCGUACCCCACAAAGGGUGAUCCACAGAACGAUCAUCGCACAACGUCGUUACUCCUCCAUCGUAUGCAUCACGCGGGAGGAGCUCAACUAGCAAGUGUAGGAAAGGAUUGUCGCUACAAUACAGCCGCUCAUUCUUGGCGAUGUCUGACCAGCAGCGCGACUCUUGGACUCUGGACAUCCCCCGUAGCCUCACACCCUCACCCUAAUGACUUGCUGUCAUCCUCUGAUGUGUCUCGUGUCUGCUGUAUUUUUAUGUACGAAGUUUGAUUUUUCAAAUUGUGGACAGCUGUUGCUGGAACGGGUGCUGUUCCUGAUGGAUCAUGACCUCGUCGAUGGCACUUAUUGCUACCACAGUUGUUCGUAGCAGUUCAACCAAUUAAGAAAAUCCAUGAUCAGAAGGGUGGGGUGCGGCAGGCCCAUGCCAUGGGACAGGAGAGCGGCUGGCUGGAUUGCAAGGUAGUCUUCCUGUGCCACGUUUGCUCACAGCAGGUACAGCAGUACACAAGGUACAAACUCACCAUGUUUUCCUCUGCUCGU